AUGGGGAUGUACGCGGCGCUCCGCGCGGUGCAAUGGGUGGUGGGCAAGGCGCUAGCCCCCGUUGCGGAUGGCGUGCUGGGGGCUUGGGCAGCCACCAAGAACUUUGGUUACAACGUUGAGGCCCUCAGCACGGAACUGCUGCUCGUGAAGGCCACCCUCGAGCAGGCUGCCCACAAGGAGCUCGGAGGCCCGGCAAUGGAGAUGCUGCUGCAGAAGCUGCGGGACUCGACGGGGAAUGCCGAAGACUUGCUGGACGAGCUGGACUACUUCCGCAUCCAUGACGAGCUCCAUGGUACGUACGAUGCCGCCACCGAGCACGACAAGGGUUGUAUCCACAACCUUGCCCUCAAUGCUCGCCACACUGCCAAAGCUGUUGGCAAACUAGUCAAUUGUUGCGCUUGGCAACAUGCUAAGCGCCGGCAGAGGUCACGCAACAAUCCCUACUCAACGCCAAACGCCAAUCAGGAGGUCAAUGGAUGCAUGUCCAAGCUCGGUAAACUCCUCCCUUGCUCAUCUUCCUCACAUCCACGUGUUGGUGAUGGUGAUCGUGGCAGUGAGCCAGAAACACCAAAGCUUGAGUUUAGUAGGGUUGAUUUCUCUCAAAGGAUGAAGGACGUCUUAGAGAAACUGCAGCUUAUGCGCAAUGAGGUUAGCAAGAUUCUGAUACAUUGUGGCCCUAGAACUGUCCCAGACAUUGCCCAGUUUCGUCCUAUCACCAAAGGUCGAAUUGCUGAGCCAAAACUGUACGGGAGAGACUGUGUCAUGAAUAGCAUCAUACAUGACAUCACCAAGGGUCAAUACUGUGAUAAGGGUCUAAUUGUGUUUCCGGUUGUUGGUUUGGGGGGAAUGGGGAAGACAACUCUGAUAGAACACAUAUAUCACAAUCAACAAGUGUUGGAUCAUUUUCCAGUCAUGAUUUGGAUAUGUGUGUCACUCAAUUUCAAUCUGGAUAAGGUGCUAGAACAGAUUAGGACAAGUACCCCUGAAGUGGAAACUGAAAAAAAAGGUAGUACAACUGAAGAGCUGAUUGAACAAAGAUUAAAAUCUAAAAGGUUCUUACUUGUAUUGGAUGAUAUAUGGCAGAUUAGCAAUGAGGAUGACUGGGGAAAAUUAUUAUUAACAUUCAGUAAAUCACGAGAGAAGGGUUCCAUGAUUCUCAUCACAACUCGGUUCCAAGCAAUAGUAGAGAAAAUUAAUGCAACUAAUCACUCUAUAAAACUGGACGGUUUAGAAUCUGAAGAGUUUACAAAGUUAUUCCUUUCAUUUGUCUUUGGUGAUGAACAAUGUCCAAGGGAUAAACAUUUUCUUCUUGAGACUGGAGAUAAGAUAAUGGAAAAAUUAAAGGGAUCCCCUCUUGCAGCAAAAACAGUUGGUAGAUUACUGAGUAAAGAUCUUAGUUUGGGUCAUUGGAAAAGAGUCCUAAAAAGUAAAGGAUGGGAGAAUCAGACUGAUGGCAAUGAAAUUAUGCCUGCCUUGAAGCUUAGCUAUGACUUUCUCCCUUUCCAUCUAAAACAGUGUUUUGCUUAUUCUGCACUGUUUCCUGAAGAUUACCAUUUCAGAAGUGAAGAACUGAUCAGUCUGUGGAUCGGACUGGAUAUUUUAAUACCUACUGGCCAAAACCAAACAUCUGAAGACAUAGGUCUAAGCUAUUUAAAUGAGUUGGUCAUCCAUGGAUUCUUCAGAGAAGAGGAAAUUGAUGCUGGUUUGUGUUAUGUUAUGCAUGACCUACUGCAUGAUUUGGCAUUGAAGGUUGCAUCUCAUGAUUGUCUCAGUUUACGUCUCCCUGGUGUUGGAUCAGUAGAGAUUCAACCAACCAUCCGUCACUUGUCUAUAAGUGCACAUGACUUAGGUAAAUAUGAUGCAGUGUCUGGUAAAAUUUUUAAGAGUGAAUUGGAAGAAGUGAAGAUAAGAUUUAAGGUUGAACAUUUGCAGACAUUGAUGUUAUUUGGAAAAAUGGAUGAAGGUUUUGUCAGGAUAUUUAGUGAUAUUUUUGGGGAAGCGAACACUCUUCGUGUUCUUCACUUACCCAACAUGUUUUUUCCCGUCGAGUCCAUGUUACAUAACUUUUCAGGAAUUGUCCAUCUACGAUACCUAUGUCUAGGGACAAAGGAGAGUCGGAUGCAUUUACCACUUAGCAUCUCUAAAUUUUAUCAUUUAAGGAUUCUAGAUCUUAAGCAGUGGUAUGGCAGUGCUGAUUUGCCCGAAGACAUGCUAAGCGCCGGCAGAGGUCACGCAACAAUCCCUACUCAACGCCAAACGCCAAUCAGGAGGUCAAUGGAUGCAUGUCCAAGCUCGGUAAACUCCUCCCUUGCUCAUCUUCCUCACAUCCACGUGUUGGUGAUGGUGAUCGUGGCAGUGAGCCAGAAACACCAAAGCUUGAGUUUAGUAGGGUUGAUUUCUCUCAAAGGAUGA